GGUUUGGGGGGGGGCAGGGAAAGGAGGGGUCCAGGACGUUGGCAGGAAGCCCCGUCCCCUCGUCUUUCCCUGAUACGACUGAACCGGCAUUCCUGACCCGGACUCCAGGGCCCCUUCCCACCCCUCGGGCUUCCCCUCUGCGCAGUGGACUCUUUCUAGGACCGAGUCUCGGGGCGGGAGACGUGGACCCUGAGCUCCUCCUCCUCCUCCAGGCAGCCUGGCCUCCUCCCCAUGGCGCUGAAGGGUGUCUCCGCGUGGCGGCUCCUGAGCCGAAUCCACAGCCCAAUCCUGGACUUGGUGAGAAGCCGAGCCACCCAGGCCGCGACCCUGGCUUCCCGCUCCAGCUUCAACUGGCAGGACCCACUUCUUCUGGAAGCACAACUGACACCUGAAGAGAUCCUGACCCGAGAUACUUUCCGAGCCUACUGCCAGGAAAAGCUGAUGCCUCGGGUCCUCCUGGAUAAUCGGAAUGAAGUGUUUCACCGGGAGAUCAUUUCAGAGAUGGGAGAACUGGGUGUGCUAGGCUGCACCAUUAAAGGGUAUGGCUGUGCUGGGACCUCAUCUGUGGCCUAUGGACUUCUGGCCCGGGAACUGGAGCGUGUAGACAGUGGCUACCGGUCAGCCAUGAGCGUCCAGUCCUCCUUGGUCAUGUACCCCAUCUAUGCCUAUGGCUCUGAAGAGCAGCGGCAGAGGUUCCUGCCUCAACUGGCAAAGGGGGAAAUCCUGGGCUGCUUUGGGUUAUCAGAGCCCAAUCAUGGAAGUGACCCAGGUAAUAUGGAGACUAAGGCCCGCUACAAUGCAGCCAGCAAGACCUACACCCUGAGCGGCUCCAAGACCUGGAUCACUAAUUCACCUGUGGCUGACCUGUUUGUGAUCUGGGCUGUGUGUGAGGAUGGUAAGAUUCGGGGCUUCCUGUUAGAGAAAGGGAUGCAUGGGUUGUCAGCUCCCAGGAUCAAAGGCAAGUUUUCACUUCGGACCUCAGUCACAGGAAUGGUCCUCAUGGAUGACGUGGAAGUGCCAGAACAGAACCUGCUGCCCAAUGCGUCUGGCCUUUCUGGCCCCUUUGGGUGUCUGAACAGAGCUCGAUUUGGCAUUGCUUGGGGGGCACUGGGUGCUGCAGAGUUCUGUCUGCACACAGCUCGGCAGUACACCCUAGACAGGAAGCAGUUUGGGUUCCCAUUGGCUAAAAACCAGCUUAUCCAGAAGAAACUGGCUGAUAUGCUCACAGAGAUCACCCUGGGCCUGCAUGCAUGCCUACAGCUUGGGCGAUUGAAAGACCAGGACAAAGUGACCCCGGAAAUGAUUUCAUUGCUGAAGAGGAAUAGUUGUGGCAAAGCCCUUGAUAUUGCCAGACAGGCCCGUGACAUGCUUGGUGGGAAUGGGAUUUGUGAUGAGUAUCAUGUGAUCCGGCACGUCAUGAACCUGGAAGCUGUAAACACUUAUGAAGGUACUCACGACAUCCAUGCCCUGGUCCUCGGGAGAGCUAUCACAGGAAUUCAGGCAUUCAGGGCUGGGAAGUGAACCUGUUUUACUUAAGGGUUGACAAACAUCCUUCAGAAAGAGUCGUCAUUUCAUUGUGUCUGUAUUGAUUCCCCAGGUUGUAUUAAGUCUGCUUUUCUGGGGAAGUGGCUGUUGCUUUCCUUUCUGGAAGGUGGAGAAUGAGAUUGAAGAAAUUGAUUUCUAUACCUGAAUGUGCCUUGUUUUAAAAUCAGUUCUGUUGAAAUGCCGAAAGAAUGUGAUUGUACAAGCAAUAGCAGUCCCUUUCAACCCACCAACUAUUAUUAAUUUUAUAUAACUUGGGAGAUAAGUGGAUUGGUUUUUUUUUUUAAUCAGAGGGCAAGAGGAAGAAAAAUGAAUUUCAAAGUAGCUUCUAUGAAGCUGCUUGAUUUGUAACUGAAUAACUAAGAUCUCUCACCCAAACCCAUAAUGCUUCCCGGCUUACUAAUGCCUCCUGACCCUGCUGAUCACCCAUUGAUUUCCAGGGGUAUCAUUCAGUGUUCUGGACUUGGGAGCAGACUAGGAACAAGUCUACUUGUCCAAACAAUAAAGAUGACAUGCUGCUGACCAAAA